GGAAAUGAAUAUUAUCCCAAGUUGCAAAAAUAUGUCUGCGCCUGAAAAGGAAUCUACUUCUAUGUGUAAUGUUCUGUACAGAUGCCCACUAACAGGAGAGAUAGUACGGAAAGAGGAGGAAAAAUCACACAUUAGAAAAGCCAUAGAGAUGCUGUCGCACACUGAUCUAAUUUCUGCAUCCAUUAUGAAGAUUUACACGCUUAAUAAGGAUCAAGUCAAAGUGAAAGUGGGAGUUGAGACAAUAACAAAGUAGGUGAAC